AUGUGGCUGCGGACAUUCUGGGGAAUGAAGUUGCGGUUGCACAUCUUUUGGAGGUGGUCCUCGGCACUCAGCAUCCCCAUCCUCCCCAAAACAUUAAUCUGUUUCGGCCCCUUUUGUCUCUCUACUCUCCGUUCCUCCGGCUCGUCGCAUCGGACGUUACUUGUACAAGACUGUAGGUGUGGAGCCCUCAUGGGCAGUGUUCUGGCCUUGGCUGGUGCGGGCCGUCAGAACUGGCCUUUCUCCUCGGACACACCCCAUCCCCAGUGGGACACACCCCUUCCUCACUGGGAUACGCCCCCUCGCUGGGAGAGGAGGGACGGACGCCUCCCCAACCCCGGGAGCUUCCAUGCCCUGCAUCACUCGUGCAAGGAUGUGUUCCCACAGCAGAUUGAGGGAGUAAAGAUGAUUGUCAACAAAACCCUCAGCAGCUUCUUCAAAGCCAGUCAUACCUUCCACCUCAGUGCAGUGAGCCCGUCUCAGUACCGCUUCCAUGUGGAGCACCGUCAGUCUGACAGCCACGGCAAAGAUACGGACUCCCCUGUGCUGAUCGGUGAGAUGGACUCCUCCGGCAGUCUGAAUGCUCAUUCGCUGCUGCAUCUUAGUGAACGAAUCAGGGCCAAGGCUGUGUUUCAGACCCAGCAGGCUCAGUUCAUGACGUGGCAGUUUGAGACGGAGUACAGAGGAAAUGACUUCACAGCUGCUGUUACCAUGGCGAACCCUGAUGUCCUACGGGAGUCAGUGAUCUUGGUUGCCCAUUUUCUCCAGAGUGUGUGUUCAGGGCUGGUGUUGGGAGGAGAGCUGGUCUACCACAGAGGAAGACAUGAAGAGGGAGGGAUUCUCACCCUGGCUGGACAGUACUCAGGUCCUAACUGGGUGGCGACACUGAAUGCUGGGAAAGGAGGAGCUCACGCCAGCUACUACCAUAGAGCUAACAAACAGAUCCAGGUGGGGGUAGAGUUUGAGGCCAGUACGAGGACCCAGGAGACGACGGCCUCCUUCGGGUACCAGAUGGAACUACCAGAGGCUAAUAUGGUGUUCAGAGGCAUGGUCAACAGUAGGUGUAUAAUUGGAGGAGUACUGCAGAAGAGUCUGUCUCCUCUCCCUGCUACACUGCUGAUGGGAGCCUUCGUUAAUCACCGUGGUGACAAACUGCAGGUGGGGCUGGGAAUCAAUGUGGGCUAGACUACAACAGCCACAGCCCUCUACAGAAGGGACUCCCUCACAUGCCCCUCCCCUAGCCCUGUGGCCUUGUGGGAAACGCCGUUCCUGUUUUUUGGAGGAAGAAAAUGGUGCAGCAAGAAGUUCUCCCCCUAGCGAUCACAUGGCAACUGUUACAUCACUUCCUGUUGAAAAACCUAAUCUGGACGGACUCACGAGAUGUCAGCUCCACACAUAGAGAGCGAUAGACGACUCAUUUUAUUAUCUGUGACAUUCUAUCAUCUGACACAGCAUGGGUAUUUUGAAGUAGUACAUUCUCUUCUUAAACGAUUGGCUGAUCCCUCCUGAUGACCCAGUUAAACAUGGCUCCAAUAGGUUCAUCAGGAGGGAUCAGCCAAUAAAGUUGGAAGUCGCACCCAGUUGACUACAUUAAAAUGGUGGAAUCCAUCAAUGGCGCUGGCCAUGCUAAUACGACCUUUUGGCCACUAGAGGUCUCUGUCAUUCUCUAUGACUCCCCCACACCUCAUCAUGCAUCAUGGACAGCUCAUAGUAAUGGCUGGAAUCAAACCGUGUGUUUGAUGUAUUUGAUUCCAUUCCAAUGAUUCCGCUCCAGCCAUUACCACGAACCCGUCCUCCCCAAGUAAGGUACCACCAACCUCCUGGGCUCACCUCCCAUCCUCCAUAAUGCACCUCAUCUCCCAUCCCCCAUAAUGCAUCUCACCUCUCCCAUAAUUCACCUCACAUCCCCCAUAAUGCACCUCACUUCCCAUCCCCCAUAAUGCACCUCACCACCCAUCCCCCAUAAGGCACUUCACCCUCCAUCACCCACAAUGCACCUCACCUCCAAUCCACCAUAAGGCACCUCACCCUUCAUCAUCCAUAAUGCACCUCACCUCCCAUCCCCCGUAAUGUAUCUCACACUCCAUCACCCAUAAUGCACCUCCCUUCCCACAUAACGUACUCUAUGUAUACUAUAUAUUGUAUUAUCAUAAUGUAUUUGUACUCUAUGUGGGACCCUCUAGAGAUAAAACAGAUGUUGAGACUGUGGGGCCCUCUAGAGAUAACGGCCAGACAGAAUGAUCUCUGGAGAUAACGGCCAGACAGAAUGAUCUCUGGAUAUAACGGCCAGACAGAAUGAUCUCUGGAGAUAACGGCCAGACAGAAUGAUCUCUAGAGAUAACGGCCAGACAGAAUGAUCUCUGGAUAUAACGGCCAGACAGAAUGAUCUCUAGAGAUAACGGCCAGACAGAAUGAUCUCUAGAGAUAACGGCCAGACAGAAUGAUCUCUGGAUAUAACGGCCAGACAGAAUGAUCUCUGGAUAUAACGGCCAGACAGAAUGAUCUCUGGAGAUAACGGCCAGACAGAAUGAUCUCUAGAGAUAACGGCCAGACAGAAUGAUCUCUGGAUAUAACGGCCAGACAGAAUGAUCUCUAGAGAUAACGGCCAGACAGAAUGAUCUCUAGAGAUAACGGCCAGACAGAAUGAUCUCUGGAUAUAACGGCCAGACAGAAUGAUCUCUAGAGAUAACGGCCAGACAGAAUGAUCUCUGGAGAUAACGGCCAUACAGAAUGAUCUCUAGAGAUAACGGAUAGACAGAAUGAUCUCUGGAUAUAACGGCCAGACAGAAAGAUCUCUGGAGAUAACGGCCAGACAGAAUGAUCUCUAGAGAUAACGGCCAGACAGAAUGAUCUCUAGAGAUAACGGCCAGACAGAAUGAUCUCUAGAGAUAACGGCCAGACAGAAUGAUCUCUGGAUAUAACGUCCAGACAGAAUGAUCUCUGGAUAUAACGGCCAGACAGAAUGAUCUCUAGAGAUAACGGCCAGACAGAAUGAUCUCUAGAGAUAACGGCCAGACAGAAUGAUCUCUGGAUAUAACGGCCAGACAGAAUGAUCUCUAGAGAUAACGGCCAGACAGAAUGAUCUCUAGAGAUAACGGCCAGACAGAAUGAUCUCUGGAUAUAACGGCCAGACAUAAUGAUCUCUGGAGAUAACGGCCAGACAGAAUGAUAUCUAGAGAUAACGGCCAGACAGAAUGAUCUCUGGAGAUAACGGCCAGACAGAAUGAUCUCUGGAUAUAACGGCCAGACAGAAUGAUCUCUAGAGAUAACGGCCAGACAGAAUGAUCUCUGGAGAUAACGGCCAGACAGAAUGAUCUCUGGAGAUAACGGCCAGACAGAAUGAUCUCUAGAGAUAACGUCCAGACAGAAUGAUCUCUAGAGAUAACGGCCAGACAGAAUGAUCUCUGGAUAUAACGGCCAGACAGAAUGAUCUCUGGAUAUAACGGCCAGACAGAAUGAUCUCUAGAGAUAACGGCCAGACAGAAUGAUCUCUAGAGAUAACGGCCAGGCAGAAUGAUCUCUAGAGAUAACGGCCAGACAGAAUGAUCUCAACCUCCACAAGCCCAGGAGCAGGAGAUAUUAUUAUAUUAUACACUGAAUUGACUAAAUAUUAAGAACACCUUCCUAAUAUUGAGGUGCACCCCCUAUCCCCGCCUUUUGACCUCAUAAGAGCCUCAAUUCGUUGGGGCAUGGACUUAAGGUGUCAAAAGCGUUCCAAUGGAUGCUGGCCAAUGUUGACUCAAAUAAUUCCCAGUUAUGUCAGGUUGGCUGGAUAUCCUUUGGGUAGUGGACCAUUCUUGAUACACACGGGAAACUGUUGAGCUUUAAAAACCCAGCAUCUUAGCAAUUCUUGAAACAAAUCGGAACUUAAAUAUUUUGUCUUGCCCAUUCACCCUCUGAAUGUCUCAGUUGACUCAAGGCUUAAAAAUCCUCCUUUAACCCGUCUCCUCCCCUUCAUCUACACUGAUUGAAGUGGAUUUAACAAGUGACAUCAAUAAGGGAUCAUAGCUUUCACCUGGAUUAACCUGGUCAGUCUAUGUCAUGGAAAAGAGCAGGUGUUCGUAAUGUUUUGUCCACAAUGUUUUGUCAACAAAUAAAAUCUGCAAUGCCAUGUAAAAA